AUGGCCUCUUCAUCUUUUCAGUUUUCUUCAGACAACCACCAAGUACAAUACCAAGAAACUGAUCAUAUAGACUCAUCAUAUCUUCAAUUUUUUUUGGAUAAUUAUCAACAAAAUCAAUUUUUUUCAGAAGAUCAUUCAGAAGUACAUCAAUUUUCUUUAAGGAAUCAACAAAAACGAUAUCAAGAUAUUCAUUCGGAGAUUCAUCAAGAGAGAUAUCAGCUUCCCUUAGAGAUUAAUCAACAAUAUCAGGAAAAUGCCUAUAAUGCUAAAGUAAAUUCCUUUUUCGAAGAGCCUUGGCUCAUUGAAAAAGAGUCUCAGCUCAACGAAAGAGAGUCUCAGCUCAAUGAAAGAGAGUCUCAGCUCAACAAAAAAGAGUCUCUGUUCGAGGAAGAGAGAUCUCAGCAUAAGACCGCCAUUGCUUUCCUUGCUUACCUCAGUAACUUAUUUGGUAACGAUUUCCUUCUUUACUAUGUUAAGUUCCGAGAAUCUUUACAGGAUUCCCCGUCGUUUCUGGAAAUGAAAGAGGAAGGGUGCAGCGGGCAUCGUGCCGUCGUCCCACUGUGUCGAUCUAGACGAAGAAAGGCGGUCUCGCGAGCAGUUCAAAAACAAGCUCAGAACUGUCUCACGAAUGGCGGGGAUGUAUCACAUGUUCCGGUACGCCGGCACGGCAUGGACGUCGCUGCUCGCUACACGGUUUGGCCUAGGACGGAGCGAGGGAAAAGAAAAGUAGCUGCAUGUGAUAUCUGUCGCGACCGAAAAAAAAGAUGUGUUGGAGGUAAAGUCGGCGAGGAGCCAUGCGAAUAUUGCAGUAAAAAUAAAAAAGACUGUUCUUAUAUUAGAUAA